AUGCAGAACGGGGAACAGCGCCAGCAGGCCAGCGGACCAGUCACCACGCUAUUGCCACCGCCGAAAGCCAUGGACACCACAGGAGACGUAUGGCGAAGCUGGAAGACAUGGCGGCAAGAGUUCGAGCUCUUCGCAACGGCAACAUACCUGAACCAGCAACCGAAAGAGGUACAGGCAGCCACCUUUCUUAUGAUUAUCGGAGAGGACGCACGCAAGACGUACAGCACUCUUGAUUUUGCAACUGACGAAGAGAAGUCGGACGUAGAAGUACUGAAAAUGAAGUUUGAGGCAUUUUACAAACCAGCUCUAAACUUAGCCUACCAUGAGUUCCGCUUUGGAAAGUGCGACCAAAAGGACGGUGAAAGUUUCAAUGACUGGCUGACAGACCUCAGAGUGCUAGCAAAAAGCUGCGAGUUUGGGCAGCUUGAAGAGCGUAUGCUGAGAAGCCGUAUUAUUCUCGGAAUUAGAGAUAAAAAGCUGCAAGAAAAGCUAAUCUCCGAAAAUGCUUCUUUCACGAAGACCGUAGAAAUGUGUCGCUCUCGUGAACAUGGCAAAGAACAGUGUGAAGAGAUACAGGCGCGCCCGAAAAGCGAUUACGCAGCCGAGAUGAACGCGCUAUCUGAAGCGAAAGCACGCAGCCAGCUGCAGAAAAUAACAAACAAGCAGCCACUUGAUUGCAACUUUGUUUUAAACACAUUUUUUGGCUUCCAGAAAAAAGCGACGAAACAAGUUCGUCUUGAAGUGGCAACGAGAGAAAGCAAGAUUCUGACAGAGUUUUUCGUCGUGGAUGACGAAAUCGCCGUGACCUUGAGCGGUACAGUUGCCGAAGAGCUUGGCUUGCUCCAACGUGUCUGCUCUGUCGACCAAAUAGAGCUUUACGGCACUGCCAAGCCUUACGAAGACGUGUUUGAAGGUCUGGGUCAACUGGAGGGUAUUGUCUACCAUCUAAAGCUCAAGCCCGGGUCCCAGGGAGUAGUGAAACCAGCACGGCGGAUUCCAAUAGCAUUGCAAAGCAAGGUGAAAGCUGAGCUCGACCGCAUGGAGACUGCUGGAGUCAUCGUGAAAGUGACCGAGCCGACAGAGUGGGCCAGCAACAUGGUCGUUGUUACAAAAGGAGAGAAGGAGUCCGUCCGGUACUUGGGACACAUUUUGACGCGCGACGGCCUGAGCCUGGAUCCACAGCGGCUAGAAGACAUCUUGCAAGUCCAGACGCCAAGCAACCAGAAAGAGCUGCAGACGUUCCUGGGCAUGGUUUCAGACAGACGGCUGAGCCAAGUUCUACAAGAGACCGACCAGGACCCUGUGAUGGUGAAACUUCGACAGUACGCAAGCAGUCAGUGGCCGGAGAGCAAAGCUGACGUCAGCAGCGAGCUACGAUGCUACUGGAGCUUCCGCGACGAGCUGCAUACGCAAGAUGGCCUUGUAUUCAGGAGCAACCGCCUCAUCAUUCCGGCCAAGAUGCGCAGCGAAGUUCUUGCCUGCCUUCAUGCAGCGCAUGGGGGAGCAGAAAAAAUGAAAGCACGUGCUCGAGCUGUACUUUUUUGGCCUUCUAUAAACAGCGAUCUAGAGGAAGUUGCUCGACGCUGUGAGACCUGCCAAAAGCACAAGCCACGAAAUCUGCGCUUGCCAUUGAUGAACCAUGAAAUUCCUAGCCUACCCUGGGAAGUUGUGGGAGCCGACAUAUGCUAUCACAAUGCUACCGAGUACUUGGUGGUUGUUGACUUUUAUUCUUUCUUUUUCGAAAUCAGGCCCGUGAAGACGACAGCCGACAAGGUGAUUGCUGCCUUCGCAGACAUAUUCGCCACUCAUGGCUUCCCGCAGCGCCUAUGCACGGACAAUGGACCGCCAUUCAGCAGCCAGGACUUUCGUGAAUUUGUCGGUAAGAUUAGCUUGCACCAUGUUCGCUCCAGCCCCUAUCACCCUCGAUCAAACGGAAUGGCUGAACGUGCGGUGCAAGAAGCCAAAAAAUUGCUGAAGAGGUAUCGGUACGGCACAGUGGAUUUUUGUGCUGCAUUGCUUGAAUGGAGAAACACUCCUCGCGAUUCCUAUUUGAAAUCUCCAAUGCAGAGACUCAUGGGCCGAAAUGCGAGGACGCUGCUGCCAGUCACGGAAACCCACCUGCGACCGCAGACCAUACCGCCAGAGGAGGUUCAACGGCGGCUCCACGUCAUCAGAAGGAGACAACGUUCCUUCUACAACAGGGGUACAAGGCCGCUACCAGGACUUCCUGAGGGCUCCCGCGUCACAGUGUACAACGUACCAUCAAAGACCUGGUCCCCUGCUACGGUUGUCAAGCCUGCCAACAGUCCGAGAGCCUACAUUGUUGAGACCGAAGAUGGACUCCAGUUGCAGCGCACCAGAGAACAUCUCCGUCUGGCCCCCACUCCACUGGUGCCCCCCACACAAGAACAUCAAGCUGACGUGGGCCCCGCCGAGCCACAACUACGCAGAAGCGAACGCAAUCGCCGGCCACCGCAAAGAUACCCCAUGCCGGAACUUUAGUCUUUUGUUUGUUUAAGAAGGGAGAUGUGACAGUCAUGCACACGUGCGCUAGAUUGGGGGCAACGCCCCUCGGCAUAGAAUGUAUAUAUGAGAGCGCUAUCGUUCAAUAAACGUUCUUUCGACGCACAUGACCCGUGCAAGCCACA